CUGAUAGUUUCAUUACUAAGACAUGGAUUCCCAUAUUUCUAAAGAAAAGCUGAGAAGAAAAAUUGUAACAACUUACGGAAGAAAGGAAUUAAAUCUGACAGCGUGGUAUUUGCUUGAGUUGCCUGAAGCGGUGCUUGAGUUAACUGAGUUGGACGAACUUGACCUGUCAAGGAAUAAACUUAAAACAAUACCUGAAAAUGUUGGAAAACUAAAUAAUAUUACAGUGCUUCGUGUAAGUAGAAACCAGCUGUCCAUAUUCCCUGCAAGUUUGAAACAGCUGAAGAAACUCAAAUGGCUGAACAUCUCACAUAACAAACUAACUACCAUCCCUGAUGCUAUUGGUGAGAUGGUGGCACUGGAGAGACUGGGUCUGAGUUACAACCAGUUGACUGUGUUGAGUCCAGCAAUCAAACAGCUGAAGAAACUCAAAUGGCUGCACAUCUCACAUAACAACCUAACCACCAUCCCUGAUGCUAUUGGUGAGAUGGUGGGGCUGCAGGGACUGUAUCUGAGUUACAACCAGUUGACUGUGUUGAGUCCAGCUAUAACACAGCUGAAGAAACUCAAAUGGCUGGACAUCUCACAUAACAAAUUAACUACCAUCCCUGAUGCUAUUGGUGAGAUGGUGGGGCUGCAGGGACUGUAUCUGAGUUACAACCAGUUGACUAUGUUAAAUCCAACCAUGAAACGGCUGAAGAAACUCAAAUCGUUGUUUGUGAAUGGGAAUCCUUUUACAGUUCAAGGAAUGAGAAGUGUUAUGGAGCUAGAAGAUAGAAGAAUAAUGGACCGAGUAUAUUCACAUCUCCAAGGUGAGUAAAGGAAAUUUCAGUUCACAUUAUUGUUGUGACAUGUGCAUUUACCAAACUGGUUCUAAUCAUUGAAUUGCAAGUGGUUAUUCUGCUUGUUACUGAUUAUUACAGGUAGCUGGCGAUAGUUAAACUGCAAAUACUGUCACAUUUAUUGUAAUGAGUAUGGUUUAACAAAGUUGGCAUCACUUGAGAAAUACAUGACAUUUGUAUUAAAAGUUUUUGUUCUAUAUUGAAAAGCUUUAUUUUAACAAUUUGGCUGACAUUGAAAUUUAAGUUCAUCAAUAAGGAAAUAUGAUUCGAUGUGGAAUCAAGAGAGUAAAUGUUAUUACAAAUCAUUCUAUACAGCUAGGAAUGAUAAUUGUUUUCAGUUUUGCUUUCUAUUUGACUGGAAUUACAAAAGGAUAAAAUGUAACUCAGGUCAUUUCACUGUUAGGAAUUGUUGUUUUAUUUUUGCUUUCUAUUUGAUUCAUUGAAAGUGUUUAAAAAUUGAAUAACUUGUAGCUUAUCAAACAAAAUUUAUAAACUAAUACGAUUUGUGAAUUAAGUUACAGGAAUAGAGCUUGGAUUUGUUUUUAGUGUGACUGAAUUCUGAUUAUUGUUUCCACAUAAUUUACACUGGCGUUGGCAGUGUAAUCUUUUUUUAAACUUACAGUUGUUAGCUUUUGGAUAUAUGCACUUUUUCUUUUUCUUUUACAAACAAUGAAUUGGUUAUUGACUCCUCACUGCUUGGCAGAAUUGAUUUAAGUCAUUGCCUCUCUCUUGUGUGAUCAGUCACCAGUGGUUCUAAUUCUUAAUGUUAGAAAACAUUGAGUCAGUUUAGUGUGGGUGUGCAUGUUCACCAAACUCAUCACUACAUUUUAUGCCAGAAGAAUUAUUUUGAUUGACUAUGUAACCUUUAUGUAAGAGUGGAAUAAAUGCAUUAAGAUCAGAAAAAAUAAACAAUUUUGAUAGUUAAGUUUUUAUAUACCAGCCUUCAACACCAACAUUAUUCAUGUUAGGCAUUUACAUUUAUCAACCUUUACUCUUGCUCUUUUUUCAAUCAUUUUUUACAAAUUUAUCAAUGUGCAAACCCAUUUUUUUUUGUGUUGUGAAAACUUUUUCUAAUUAGGCCCAAUGAGAGAGAGACUUAAAGCACAACUGGCUUAUGAAAGGGCUUUGCAAGAUGGAUAUGUCAUGGUUUACCGCGGCAGAAUAUUACUCAUUGGCCAGGAUCGAGCUGGUAAAACCAGUUUAAAGAAGAGUCUCCUUGGCCUUCCAUUUGACUCUGAAGAACAAAGCACUGAGGGGAUUGAAGUGGAUCCUUCAAAGUGUGAAAUUGAUGUUGACCAAGCUGCAAGGAACUGGCAGUCCAUUGGUGAGAAUAAACCAGGACUGUUGGAAUGUUCUAAAUAUGUGGCAAAGAUUGUUGCAGAGGAGCUUUUUACACAAGAAGAUGAUCAUGCUAUAAAAAUGUCUAUGCAGCAAGAGAAGCUAAGACAAAAAUACACAGAUAAAAGUUCAAGAGAAGAUUUUGAAAAAGAUUUAGCCCACAUAUCACCUGCAGAUUUUGAAGAGGGAUCUUUAGAUAGUUACAAACAUGGUAGAAAAAAGGUAAGGUUGGAAUUUUAAAAAUGUUCUUCACAUACAUGUUUAAGGUAGCUUUUUAUUGUUUUAUGUCAAAUGAAGAUUAUGUGAACAUUAAAGCAAAGCAAAAAUUAAAAUCGUUCAAUUUUUUUGAUUUUUUUUACUUUGCAAUGGUCUUAGCCAAAAAACAGAGAACUGCUUGAAGUCUAAAUAAUAAUUUCCCUCCAAGUGCAUGCGCUGCCAUUUUAUCUAAUUUACAUCAGACUUUGACACAAUAAUUUCAGAUGUGUAAUGACUUUGCUGGCAAGACUGCAUCAGUGUCAUACUGAGAGUAAAUAAUUUCCCCUCAUUUGAUACUUUACUCAGGUUGAGGAUAAAGGAGAUCACCCAUCAGUAGAUGCUAUGCACAACAUUAGCAUUGAACACUCAAUGGACUGCAUUUUAGAUGAGCCUGAGGUAAUUAUUGAUGUUGCUCAACCCCCUGAUACUGAGAAGCAUGUUCAUCAGUGGUUGAAGCAUCUCCAAGGCAAAGACAUUGAAAGUGAUUUAUUCAAAGAGGAAUCCUAUUUUACAAUGGGCAUUUGGGACUUUGCAGGGCAGCACCUGUACUAUGCCAGCCAUCCUAUCUUCUUAUCACAGCGUGCACUGUACAUAUUGGUGCACAAUCUCAGCAAGCCUUUGGAUGCUGCAGCUGAGCCCUGCAUGAGACAAGGGAGUAAUGAUGUGAAAUUGGAAAACCCUAACAAUGAAACAAACAUGGAGAAUUUGCUGUCAUGGCUGGCUACAGUACACUGUGUUGCCUUGGCAACUGAUGACCCAGAUGAUGAUGCACAACAUAAGCUGCCCUACCUCCGCCCCCCAGUGUUUAUUGUUGGAACACAUGCUGACAAACCAGUUGAAGACAUAGAGGUAAUAAAGAAACAAAUACAGGAGAGAAUUUCUGGUAUGGAAUAUGAGAAGCAUGUGGUCAGACCCUUAUUCUGCAUUGAUAACACUCAGGGACAAAACUUGAUUGACAAUAGUCAGGGACAAAGCUUGAUUAAGAAAUUUAUCCAGAAGAUUCGAAAGCAGAGAGAGAAACAAAAAACAGGUAAGAUAUCUCAUGUCAUACUGUAUCCUUUACAAUUUGUUACUUGCAGUAAUUUAUGGUUUUGUAAUUGUUUACUAGCUUGUCUUUAGGUCAAUUCCGAGAACAGUUAAUUUGUGGUCAUUUUCUUUUAAUCAAAGGCCCAUUUGGGAGACGGUUGGCAAGCAUUGAACAUACUAUAAUUUUUAUCUGACUCACAUUUACAUGUCAUUCAGCAGUUCUGCCGUCUGUCAUUAUAAUUUUAAAAAGUUGGUAGACAUGUAGAAUGUCUCUUUAAGUGGGAUUGGUAAGUGAAGGAUACCGCUCUGCUUGAAUGAGUUCAGGCUAAUAGUGGAAGUUAGGUAGGAGUUGGUUUUUUUUCCAUUACCUGCACUCUUCUUAGCUUUCAGCUACUUUAUGUACCAGCAUCACUAUUAAUACUAUAUAAGGAACAGAAGAUGAUUUUGGGAGUUGGAGAAUUAUCAUCUUAGCUAUGUUGUCACCUAUAAAAUAUCUGUAAUCACACAUGUGUGAUACAAACUAUUCUCAUUGUGAGCACAUGUGUCUGUGUUACAUUAUGCUUUGAAUUCAUUUUCUAAACAUAUCCAGCCAAGGAAGAAGGAAAAGCAGAUGGAAUAGGUGAAUUGCAGAACAGAAUCCUGGAGGUGUUAAGGCAGGAGCCUUAUAUGGGAGAGAAAAUACCUGUAAGGUAAACCAAUAUAACCUUUUUAUCUGGCAACCUCAUUUUAUAAAGUUUGGGAUCAAUGUUCCAUUUAAACCAUCAUGAAUAGUACUUUGAAGAGCAGUGAGUGUUUUGAGUGUAACUGUAUAUGCAUGUAAAUGUAUAUGAACACAAAAAUAUCUCACCUCCACAAAUUUGAAGAUCAUCAACACUCUUAAAACAUCAGACUGUACAGAUACACAGCAGUGAUUUAAAAGCAAACAAAACUCUACUUCAUGACAUUGUGACAAUAGUGUCUUUAAAAAUGUGUGAAUGUCUCAUGGAUAUUUGAGAAGGCACAGCUCUUUCAAUUGAGAUUUUUUAUUGAAAAACAUAACCAUUUUGAUUUUUCCUAAAGUUUGGAGAUAGCUAGACCAAUAAAAUUGAUGAAUUUACACUGGAAGACUACAAAUAAAUAGAUGUCUGACUAAAGUUAAUAAAACAAUUUUAAACCCUAAUUCAUUUUAAGUAUCCUGUUGCCUUCUAGAUGGUUUUUGUUUGAAAAGGUGAUUGAAGCUUUGGUGGCUAAACAGAUUUAUCACAGAAAUCUGCAACAACUUGAGCACUAUGCAAAGAAAGAUUGUUUCAUAGAAGAUGCAAAAGAGUUUGAGUCCAUGAUCAGUUUUUACCAUGGUCUGGGGAUGAUAAUAAAGCACUGCAGUACAGUUGUGCUGAAGGCUCAGUGGUUGAUUGAUCUGUUCAAACAGCUGAUAACCAUUCCACCUUUCAAUAAACAGGUAGGAAAAAAAUAUCAUUUUUGAAAGGACCUAACUUAGAAAAUGUUUAAUAAUCUAGACCAACAGAAAAUGAGAGUGAUACUUUUUUAUUAAUGAAUCAGCAACUAAUGCAGCAGCUGUAACUCUGAUCUCUACAAUUGUUGGACCUCAAGUUAUUUCAUGUACCUUUUGCAGCUUUUCAGUUCAUAAACUGAUUCAGCCUUUUUACUUUACAAGAGACUUGCAUUAACUUGCCACCACUAACAAUAAUUGUAAUCACACAAGUGAACAGUUCUUUUUGCUUGUGCUAAAUGGCUUCUGUGGUGGUGAAUAACAACUAAUAAUCACCUCUGAGGAGCCUAAGAUACAAAAUUGCACAUUAAGAGUUUAAUUUCCGACCAUUUCGAUACAUUGAUUUUCUAGUUCUUGUACAUACAUGUUGGAAACAUUCAAAAGGAACAUUUAGUGGACUUCUCUUAUCUGGAAUUCCUGUUAUUUAAAUAUUUUGUAGAAUGCUCGAUAUGCAAAUUUCUGGCAGGAGCUUGAAGGAAGUGGCAUCCUCAGCAUGGAACAUAUUGAUUACGUGUUCUCCAGCUUUAUUGGACCAGGAAUCAUUAGAGAAGACAUCCUGGACAUGAUGGAGCAAUUUGGUUUGAUCGCUAAGUUCACAGUUUUCCCAAAUGAGGAGAAGUACUUUGUACCAGCUCAGUUGAAGUCAUCACCUGAUGAACUCUGUAAGAUGAAACCAUCAUCAACUGAUCCAUGUCCAUUGUAUCUCCUCUUUGUCCAUGGCUUUGUCCCUCAUGGUCUCUUCUUGCAGCUUGUCUCGCGAUCCAUUCGUUGGUGUUCAAAGACAUGGGCCACACAUCAACCUAGCCUGUACCAAAAUGGAGCAUGGUUCAUCAUUGGGAAAGAUAUUCAUGAUUUUGUCCUCAUAUGCAAAACAGGAUUCCUGAAGGUAAUCUUGAGACAAAGAGAAGCACAAAGUCACCAGGUUGUGGGACAGAACUCCAUCAAACUAGCACCUCUUGUUCGUGAAUUCCUUGAAGACACCCUAAAGAAUUUGUCACAAGAAAUGCCAUAUCUGAGGGGACUGCGGUAUAGGCUGUGUGUUGCAUGUCCUUACUGUCAUGAAGGAGCAGAAGAAACAGGUCAUGCAUGCUCAGACCACAUGAAAACCACUUGCACACACAAGGACUGCUUCCACCUCAUUGAUGCAGAUGAAGGUCAACCAGACAUCUGCAAGCGAAAACCUUGCAAUAAGGUGCAACCAGUGUGUGGAUUGAAGAACUGGUUCUUGAAAAGAAGAUUCCAGGUAUAAUUGAUUAUAGUGAUCUUUCAAGCAAAGAUUUCUAGCUCGGUUUUAUCUUUGCUUUGUUCCUCUAACUUGAUGAGAAUAUCAAUUGGGCUGUGAUCAGUGUUAAGAAAGGGAGCCUGAUAGAUUGACUUUAUACUUUUUGGAAUUUUAUACUUUUUUGUUUUCCUUGGUGAAGUAUUAAUAAAAAUUUGUAUGCCCACAUCCAAAGUCUUUUUAUGUAAUUAUCAUACUCUUAUAUGACCUUUCUUUCUUCAGGGUUUGUUCUCUUCAAAUGAAGCUGCUAAAUCCCAUGAUGAAGCAAGUGAAAUCAAUUCAAUGAAGUCUGCCACAGCAUUGAAGGUGACUCUCCUUUGCAAUGAGUGGAGUUCCUCAAUGGGGGGCUUGUCCACCAUCAACAGACAGCUUGCCAUUCUGUUGGCCAAGCACUCUGAAGUGGACGUUACCCUCCUUGUCCCACAGUUUGCUUGUUCUGAAGAAGAGAGGAGAAUGGCUCGAAUUCACAAUGUAUCCCUCAGAGAGGCACAAAAACGUCCAGGUUAUGCCGACUCCCUUGACUGGCUGAGUGCCCCACCGAGAGAUCUAGACAUUGACAUAGUACUGGGUCAUGGAGCAAAGCUUGGUAAACAAGCUCAAUUCUUUAGAGAAUCGCACCAGUGCAAGUGGAUACAGGUAGUGCACACUGCGCCCGAAGAACUUGCAAUGCACAAAAACUAUCCCAAGGCUAUUUCUAAAGGUGAAGAGAAGAAUUUAACUGAAGUGACUUUGUGUAAGUUGGCAGAUGCUGUGCUAGCAGUCGGACCAAAGCUAACAGACGCUUUCUCCGCUCAGCUCCGCUCAUGCAAAAGUGAAAACGACAUCCUUCAACUGACUCCUGGAACUUUCCAUGAGUUCUCUGACGUAAAACAAGCCCCAAAGGAGAGUAACAAGUUUAAGGUACUGACGUUUGGCCGUGGUGACCCAGAGGACUUUAGCCUUAAAGGUUACGAUAUCUCUGCCAGAGCAAUAGUUGAACUAAAAGACAGGUCUUACUGUCUCAUCUUUGUGGGUGCACCUGACGGUAAACAGGAUGAGGUUGCAGUGAAUUUGCUGAAGAGUGGAAUUGAUAAAAACCAGCUGACCGUGAGGAAGUUUGUGCACAGUAAAGAGAGAUUGAAAGAAUUAUUUUGUGAAGUUGAUCUCUGCAUCAUGCCCUCUAGAACAGAGGGUUUUGGUUUGACAGCGUUAGAAGCGUUGUCUGCUGGUCUUCCCAUUCUUGUCAGUGGAAACUCUGGAUUUGGUGAGGCACUGUGCACUGUACCAUCAGGCAAAUCAUUCAUAGUGGAGUCUGAGGACCCAGGGGAGUGGGCAAAGGCAAUUGCUGGUGUCCGACAGAAAGAGAGAUCAGAUCGACUUAAAGAUAUUCAACAACUGAGGAGUUCAUAUGAAGGGAAGUUUAGCUGGGAGAAACAGUGUGACAGUCUUGUGGAGAAGAUGUGGGACUUAGUCCAUGGUGAGAUUGUUUUGAAUAUCCUUCAAAAAGUGUUUUAG